GGGCGAGCCCAGGCGGUGAGAGUGUGAGGCAGGAGGGCUGCGGCAGGGCUGCACCUGGCAGAGCCCGGCUGUGCUUUGCGUGUGUGCGUGCGCGCGCCGGGGGCUGCAUCUCACCGGAGCUGGAGUAGUACUUUGCUUCCCCGCCCCGUAGAGCUGCGGCAGUCUUUCGCCGUCUCGACUGCAGCGGGGAUGCUGAUAAAUACACGCGCUUCUCCUCUCCUACCGAGGUACCUGGUAGUUUGAAAUAAAUACACCCAGCUAUUCUGUGGCACUGAACUACAGUUAUGCAAGGAAGCUGAUUCUGCACCUGCUUAUGAAUCCAGUCUGAAGGCCUACAGCAUGUCAGAGAGCAUCGGCCAGGACUCAGGGGCAUUCAAUAGCCAGAAAAAAUGAAUAGCUUUUUUGAGGAAGAAACGAAGAGGAAACCUUUAUGUCUCGUUUAGUUGGAAGGCAGAGCAAUACAACAUUGACACCUGGUUAACUUAAAGGAGCAUUUUUUGAAAUACCUCUUGACUGUGAAUCUUGUAACUCAGACACAGAAGUGCCUUUGGACCUGUGCACACAAUUCACUGGAAGAAUUGAUCAGACAAAGCACUCACUGAAAGUGUCACUGAAGAAUCAUGGCGAAGCACUUGGAGAUCAUCAAUCUGUCGUUUUUGUUGGAGCAUGAAAGGGAAAUGAUACUGGGAGUAUUGAAGAGAGAUGAGUAUCUGAAAAAAGUUGAAGAUAAAAGGAUAAGGAAGUUGAAAAAUGAGCUUCUGGAAGUGAAAAGGAAAGGUGGAAGCCGACACUGCCAACAGGACAACAGCAGGGUCUGCGUUCGCUGUCAGAAAGGCCUGGGCUUUAUCUUUGACAGAGGAGACCUGUGCCAGACCUGCAAACUUCGAGUCUGCAAUAAGUGUCGUGCGGUGGGAACUGACGGGCAGUGGAAGUGCUCAGUGUGUGCCAAGAUUGCACAACUAAGAAUAGUGACAGGAGAAUGGUUCUUUGAAGAGAGAGCAAAGCGCUUCAAACAAUCAAAUCUCGGAACCGAUGUCGUCAGACAGUCCAUCCUGCGCAAGUCCCCAGAUACAAUUUCCAGUAAGGAUGAAGAAAGAACAUUCAAAGAUCAACACCAAGAGAAUGAAGAAAAAGGAAUAUCAACCUCCUCCAUAACUGGGCAUAAAUCAAUCUUUGGUGGACCUAGAAAGAUAGGGAAGAUAAUCAGGGCAGCUACCAAAGGAGAAAUCGCAAUUGCAAAAGAUGAAGGCGGAAGGAGCAUAGGCUCUGAAGCUGAAAGCCAAAGCUUGUGCAGUAGCAAGUCAACACCUUGUUCUGAGAGAGGAAGCACUCUUUCACUGAACAGCAGUGACACAGAAGCAGCUGCAGGCCAUCUGAGAGGGGCCGUGGGCCCUGCAAACAGAAGCACUGCUUCCAUAGCUUCCCUCCCGAGGUCGCCAGCACUGAGCACACGCAGCAUGACUGUGGAUUAUAGCAGGGAUGCUGACUCAGAAAAUGGCAUGAUUAUUCCAGCAAGUGAAAGUGUACCUGAAGAUUUAGUAAAGAAGCACCGUAGGAAAGCAUCUGGAACACCUUCCAUUGCGGUUUCUAGAGUGUCUUUGUCAUCGGACCGUAGCCGAUCUGAGAUAGAUUUGAGUGAAUCUUUCUCUGAAGGAAAACAGGAUACCUUGAGCAUAAGAAGCAAAUCUGUACCUAGCACCUUAGAUGAGGAGCUGGAUUAUCUGGAUGAAACAGAAGAAGAUAUUGAUGACAUUGUGGCCUCUCGUUAUUCAAGGAAACGUGGACAUCUGACAAGUGGAUUAUCAAGAAACUUCCCAGAAGGCUCUGACAGAAAAUGGAACUACUUAAAUGUGCCUGAAACAGACGGUGAUACUACCAGCAUCAACAGCAUGCUGAGCGUAUACAGUGAAACUGGUGACUAUAGCAACGUGAAGGUCAGUGGUGAAAUCCUUCUCCAAAUCAACUACAGCUACAAAACAGGUGCUCUCAACAUCCUGGUGAAGAGUUGCAGAAACCUGGCCAUUGUGGAUGAGAAAAAGCAAAGAACUGAUCCAUACGUCAAAGCAUACCUUCUGCCUGAUAAGUCCCGCCAAAGUAAACGCAAGACCAAAAUUAAGAGUAACAGCACCAAUCCAGAAUUUAAUGAAACGCUGAAGUAUGUCAUCAGUCAUACGCAGCUAGAAACCAGGACCCUGCAGCUUUCUGUCUGGCACUAUGACAGAUUUGGACGCAACAGCUUUCUUGGAGAAGUGGAAAUUCCAUUUGAUUCCUGGAACUUUGAAAAUCAGGGCGAUGAGUGGUUUGUGCUCCAGCCCAAGGUGGAGGUUGCAACAGAUGUUGGGCUUCAAUAUAAAGGAGAACUGACAGUUGUUCUACGUUACAUUCCCCCAGAGAUAAACUUGAUGCUUCCUCUAGGGCAGUUUCAAGGAAAGAAGAGCUUUAAGAAAGGAAAAAAGGGAGAGAAUCAUCUGCCCUCUGGAGGUAUAUUAGAAGUCGUCAUCAAAGAAGCUAAGAAUUUAACAGCAGUGAAAUCAGGAGGCACAUCAGACACGUUUGUGAAAGGGUACCUACUCCCAGAUGACAACAAAGCUACAAAACACAAGACUCCCAUAGUAAAGAAGAAUGUGAACCCCCAGUGGAAUCAUACAUUUGCUUUCAGUGGCUUGAAUUCACGGGAUAUACGUAAUGUCUGCUUAGAAUUGACUGUGUGGGACAAGGAGUCACUUUCCAGUAAUAUUUUUCUGGGAGGAGUUCGUUUGAGUACUGGAAGUGGCGUAAGUAAUGGCAAGGAGGUUGACUGGAUGGACUCUCAAGGAGAAGAGCAGCACCUCUGGCAGAAGAUGAUUGACAGUCCUGGAACUUCUGUGGAGGGGAUAUUAAUGUUGAGAUCCAGCAUGGGAAAACGUAGACACUGAAAGACUCUCUACGACUGAGGGGUAGCACAAGUCCUUCUUAUUUCAGUUGUGUUCAGCUCUUGUCACUUUGCCCACUUGAAAAUGGGUAAGGGUUGUACUUUUUGCCUUGGAUAUUAAGGCUUCGUGUGAAAUUUUAAUGCAUUCUGCACUUUCAUGCACUCAUUUUUAACCUAGACUUCUUGAACAGAUUAUGUUUCUCCUGAAACCUGUGAGAAUGUGACCCUCAACAGAGAUUGGACUGGCUUUCUUUGUCCCUUCUGGUGACUGGUGGUGCACAGCUGAUGAAAAUUCCUGGCAGGGGACAUGGAGCGAGCAAGUUGUCUAAGUAGCUAUUUAGGAAGUAAAGUGUGUUUUACAUAUCAACUUUUGGGUCAAAGAUGGCCUAGAAGACAGGAGUCAUUCAGUACAUACAGAUUCAAAAUGAAUCUGUGCUUUGUUAUUUGAAAGACAAGAAGCCAUAAUGUUCAGAAGGCUAACAUUUCUUUUUUAAGUUUGCUCAUUGGUCUGUGCAGUGCGGGAUGGCAGGCAUGGGACCAAGUCGCUCACUAAGGCCAAUUCACUGGCCAGCUGCACAGUGGAAAUAGUCAGCAGAUGAAGGAGUAUAAAGUGCCUGUGUUCAGGCAUUCUCUUGGUUAUUUAGUGCACUGUAUAACAGGUAGGCUUGGCUUAGUGCGAUCAAAGAGUCUCUAAUGAAAAUAAAUCAUAACAAAUCCCAAAGAAUUUCCAGAGUGGUGUGGUUUUACCACGUUUUUCAUUUCAGCUGACAGCUCUAUCUAAGAUCUUUCAGUAUCAUUGAGCAGAAGGAAUAUAGCUACAUGCAUGUCCCACCUGAUGAGUCAGUGAGGUGAGACACCUUCUGGUUUGGGGCAUAGCUAAGACCUUGACUCAGCAGGGUGUGUAGUAAAGUGACAGGAUUAAUGCAUGUUCCAGGAUGCUUUUGCACAACUGUGGAAUUUUUACAGAAUGGGCUGAGAUCCUGUCCAAGUGUGCCCAUGCGUGUUACUUAUUAAACAGAGCGGGAUUUUUCUCCUCAACUGUCCUCCAUAAGUUAGCAGUAGAUUUAAUAAGAGUGAAUUUUGGCUGAUUCAGUCAUUAAUCUUACUAACGACAAGCAUUUAAGAGUACUUUUGCCAUUUGGUUUCCUAAAGUCAUCUUUAUACCUGCUUGGGUCUGCCAUGCUUUGGGGACUUGCCAAGUUGUACGUGGAGAGAUGCUGUUUUGUAUCAUCAUGGGCUACCACAGCAUUGCAAACAGUAGUAGUAACAUAAUAAGAUGGAAUUAUAAUCUUUUUCAAGGUCAGAAGAUGUCUGUUUGCAAGAUUUGAUAAUAAUAUAAUUGCAUGGCUUGUAAUUGCUGAGGGUGUGAAACAAAGGAGGACAAGUAAACUGAAUGAACAUUUCCUUUGAAUCUCUCAGAAUUGGAACAUUGCUUCCUAUUUGAACUAUUUGAAAUUAAUCUAUAAGUACACUUAAUCCUUAUGUAUUUUCCCCAGAUAUCUUAUUUUGGAAGCAGUAUCAUAUUAGUACUAAGGAAACAAAUUUGAAUAUUUGGAAACAUAAUCCUUACAUAAAGUAUCUAGGGGAAAAAAAAGGCUUUCAGAGGACGUAUCGUUCUGUGCAGGUCAAAACACCAGUAUUCCAAGAUUUCUGUGAAGAAUAAAGGCCAUAAAAUCUAAUUGGUGAGAGAGAAGGAAAUGCUGUUCUUCGCAGACUAAAAGUUGCAGGAAAUCUAGGUUGAAUGGAGAACUGAUAGCUAAGUAUAGGUUAGAUUUUUUUGUCUGUAGCAGUCCUGGUGUUAGUCACCUAAGGGUUUUUUUUUGAGCUGAGUCCAAAACCUUAACGUUUACUGUCCAGUCCUUCCUACUGCUCCAUCUUCCCACCCCACCACCCCCCAAAAAAAUUUUACUGGUUUUGAAGGGCUUGAAACUGCAGGGCAGCUUGCAAGCAGUCUUGAAAAAUACUAAUAUUUUAUUUAAAUUUGUUUUUAUAUAUUUUUGUUAAAAAUAGAAUCUCACUUUUAAUCAAGAAGUCUGUUUGAUUAUGUUUAUUUUCUAUAAAAAUUCUGAUGUGAAUUUAUGCAGUCAUUGGAAGUAAUGCCUUUUCUCAGAUUGAGAUCCCUAGUUUUCAGAAAUUACUGAGUCAUCUUUAAAAAUGGAGUUUGCAUUUAAGAAUCCCAUGUUGGGAAUCAAGCGUCAAUAGUUGUUGAAGAAAACCGACUUCAUUUUCCUUCUUCAGCUGUUCUUCAUUUCCUUCUGCAGUCCUGCUCAAACUGGGCAGUGAAGCAAGCUCAGUGCAGGUUUAGUAUGCUUUUCAUCUUACACUGCAGAUGCUGUGAGCUGAUAAAAUAGAGCACAAAUAUCAAGCACACACAUUUUAUGAUCUUCCUUUUAUCAUUAUAGUCUUUCUUUCAAAAUUAGAUUUUUUUUUUGUAUCUGCAUCCUCAAAGGGAAGUAAAACCUUACCUUCAGCACCAGAGCUACCUUCUAUUUAUUGCUCCACACGCCAGCUGAUGUGGGAGCACACGCUUGAUUUUUCACUUGCUGGAAGUUGGCUUAAGAAGAUAAAUCUUGUUAAAUCUAAUGAUUCCUCAGGAUAAAAUUCCAGGUAAGGUUAGUGAGGAACAGUGGGCAGUCUGAUGGGGUUGUUUUUGUUUCAUUUUGGUGUCAGAACUAGGGAAAUAGUGACACAAAAAAUCUACCAAGUUGGACUCCAAAAUUGAAAUCUUUUUUUUCUCACCAAAUUGAAAAACCUAAAAUAAUUGGAAAUUGAACUAAACCUUUUACUUGAAGUGGAGUAUAAGAUGGGGUGUAAGCAUUUAUGUAAUUUUGAAGGGUAUUUUCUAAGUAUGUGUUAGCAUUGUAUCUAAAUUUAGUCUUGCUUUGAAUGGAAGUCUAUGUUUUACUACUUCAGCUUCUACCCGCUUCCCUCCCAUUUUUAGGGUCUGUGUUAGAAUAUGAGAUAAAUAGACUCAUCUGGAAAGCAUCACCUGUCUCCUAUAGCUUUUGGAAGGGACAAAAUUUUACUCUGGGCCUGCAUGUGAAAACAUAGGCCAGGCUAUGAAUAGUCUCUAAGUGUCAACUGCAGUUCAGCGUAUGAAGGGAACAAUUUCAAGUGGGAAUUUAAUUCAGCCAAGGCAGUGAGUGUUGUUGGCCAUUGAUGGGAUUUGGAGAAGCACUGUGAAAUUACCUCCUAGGUUAGCAGCGGUGAUUCUGCAUUAUAGUAGCAUACAGUGCUCAUCAUGCUCUGCCUCAGAUGAGCCUUGGAGAGAUGAGAGUCGUCAGUAUAGACAUUGGAGCAAUUUGGCUGUACUGUGAUGUUAUCGACAGGUUUGUAGAAAGCAUUUGAUUUGUAGAAAAUGUCACAUUUAAUUAUCUCUGUUAUGUCCUCGUUCUCUUCCUUUGCAAAAAUGAUUUAUGGUUUGAAAAAAGCACGAGAUGAUUAACUGCAGAUGUGAUUUUUUGUUUCUGAGAUAUUGGAGCAAAUAGCCUGUAACUGUGUGUCAUCACGUACCCUGCUUUACUAGGCUGAGCAGAAAUAGAGAAAGCCAGGAGCCAGGCUAAAGCCUUCUAUGUAUAUAAAUGUUAGUGAUAUUAAGGUGCAUGGGUGGUUUAUUUAAGACCAACUUUUAGGAAAACAGAGUCAGUUUUAACACUGAUUCAUAAGCUCUUAUCUUGAGUAAUCAGACACAGGAGAGCUGAUGCUUCACUACAGUGUUUUUUGCAGAUGUGAAACGUGAUGUGUUCUACUAGUGGUGUAACUACAGGGCUUUCAUCGCUGUCUUUCCCCCCUUGAUGCUUGAUUCUGAGGGUUUGACCCAUUAAGGCAAAAAAAAAGUACAACUUGGACUGUAAAACUUCAUGUGAAGACAGUAAAUACAUCCCUAGAUAGUGUGGUUAUUGCCAGUAUCUAUCAGGAAGAGAUGAUGCUAAGGGCUACCCAAGCCCUGCUAUCAGACUUGAUUAUCCAGACCUGUUCUCUGGAUGUUUCUCUGCUCAACUUAUUAGUUAUGUGGGGACUUCAGGCUUCUAAAACUCAGUGAUCUUGCUUGCAAGUUUAGAUGCUAAAAUCAGUUCAGAUGGCCUCUCCUUAUCCUCCAUCUCCAUCAUGUUACCAUCUUCCUGUGCUAAUCCAAGUGCCAUUGCCUACCCUAAAUGCCUUUUAGAUAACACAUUUUGACAUUUCUUUCCCAGCUGGGUGCUCGGCAGUUGGCUUACGGGAGAAGGCAUUGUGAUGGUGAGUAUGCUUUGAUCACAGUGCAUUAGACUGGAAACUUACUGUUCUCUGUCUCUUCCAGUAGAGAUUUUGCUAGCGUAGCCUAAAAGAAAUGAUAGAAUCAUGGAAGUUGGAAAAGACCUUCAAAGAUCGUCCAACCACUAGCCUAAUCUGCUGAGUCCUGUCACUAAACUGUGCCCCUUUGUGCCACAUUCGUGUCUCUUCAGUACCUUCAGAGAUACGGAAUAAGCAUCUUGAAGUACUGUGUUUGAUUUUUCUCUUCCUUCCUGGUUAGGCCCUGUGAGGUACAAGUAGAAGAAGUUAUGUUCUGCAAAAUGUGAAAUAAACUGCAACAGCAGAGCAGCCAUUGAGCAUCCACUGGUGCUAACUGCUAAGAUGAGGUAACAUGAGGGAGGCAUAGAGGCUGGCAUUGUGUUGACUUCAGAGCAGGUAUGCACAUUGGCCAACUUCAGGCACGUAAAGCUUGUGAUUUGCUCUAGAGUCAAUGAAAAUAAAGUCUGAGUCUUGUUUCCAUGACUGCCUAGUCUGUGGUUUCACACAGGACCGUAAGGAUUAUACCUGAAUCCUUGCAGGAUCUCUUCCCUCCAUCCUUCCCUUCAGUUCAGCAGCCCCCACCAGGAAAUUGUUCAAGAUUUUGUCAGUUUGUCAAACUAUGACUUCACGUUCCACCUCAACAUUAAUCUCUGGUACCCAGAAGGAGGCAGUGUGCAGUAGUUAAGGAAUAGCUUACUGUCAGCUAGGCGAGGUAAAAACUGAAAUUGCCCUUUCCUAACAUACAGUAUUGAUUUUCAGCAAUGACAGAAAUAGGCAUCUCUUGAGAGAUGGCAUGUGCACUUUGUAAACUCUUCAUUUUUUUCUUUUGAUACAGUUUUUGAAGAUGGUUAUUACUUAUUUAUCUUUUUGUGUAGAAAUAUGAAUGUUAGAGGACCUUAAGAGAAAUGAUGGUAAGAACAUGUGAUUAAAUCCAAAAUUGGAUGCAGACUUCUAUUUGCAGAGAUGUUUCUUACCUCACCUCAGUAUGAGGCACUGAGAAUCAUGCUCGUAGAGCCUUACCACUACGUCCCGUGAAUUUCCUGCCUGGUGAUUUCAUGUUUGCAGAUGCUGUUUGAUAAGUGAUAAUAAGACGGUGUUAAUUAUACUGUGUAUAUUGACACUGGGAAGUGAAUCUCAACUUUUAUAGGUGUUCCUUAGGUUGCUUUUGAGACUCACUCUUGCUGCAUCGUGGCCCUUUAUGUAGGAUCACUAUUUCAACAACUCUACUCUGUGACAACAACCUACCUACAGCUUUGUACUACUGCUCUUGAGAGCUGGGUGUGUAUUUUUCAGGGUUGCUGUAGUAGCUGGGGUUUGCUUAAAGCCAAAUGUAGUCCUUCGAUGCAGUGCAUUGAGAAUGCCACAUAUCCCUCUUGCCGCCUUUGUUCUGCUUAAAAAUCUGUUGCUCGCUGUUUGGUUUGGUUAUUCUGCUGGUUAUGAACAGUAGUAGCAGUAAGUGGCAUUGCGGUAUGUUAAGUUCUGCCCAAGUUUAGAUGAAGCGUUUCCUGCCCAGAACAUUCUUGUACUGUGCUCUGUACGUUCAGUUUUGUAGACAAAAGUGGCUGGUAAUACAUUUGCAGCAGUUGUCAUGAGUAUCGUUCUGUCUUUUAAAAUUAAAAUUAUGGAACAUU